AUGAAAACCUAUGGAAGAAUGCCAUCCACUCAAGUUGAGCUUACCGGUAGUUUGAAGCCAGUCGUCAUUAGUCUGUAUGGCCUCCCUGGGUCUGGUAAGACUUCACGGUUGGGUGAGCUCAAGAUGGUACUCGGCAACGACAACUUUGAGUACUAUGAUGGCAGUGACAUUAUUGCAGCAGUCACUCCUGGGGGCCUUGAAGGGUUCCAGAAUUUGAUAAAAGAGGCUAAAAGCGAGCUCCGCGAGCUCGCCAUAGCCAGAAUCAAGCAAGAUUGUUGCAAUACCGGGAAAAGUGCUAUUGUGGCUGGACACUUCAUGUUCUUGGCUGAGCAAGAUAAGGAUGGCCAAUCGGUUUGUACACCAGGCGAUCUGGCUACAUACACGCAUAUCUUAUAUUUGAAUGUCCCCGCUGAACGCAUCGUGGAGUACCGUUUGAAUGACACCAAAUGGAGCCGCCCAAGUGUAUUGAUCUCCCAUCUGACGAAGUGGCAGGAAAUCGAGCAAAGCCAACUUCGUGAUCUUUGCAGAUGCCAUGAUAUCCUUUUCGUACUAGUUUCGCCCCUAGCAUCUACGACCAAGCUAGAAUCCCUUAUUCAGGACUUCCGGUGUCAUACAGAGACGCACAACAUGUUUCUCGCCAAGCAAAGAAUGGAGGACAUACUCUCAUCCUGCCUCGCGGUAGAAACUGUCAUAGUGAUGGACGCAGACAAAACGCUGGCCGAGGAAGAUAGUGGAGUGCUCUUCUGGGAGCAGGUCCACGCUGCAUCAUCUAAGCACGAGAAGAGCGGCCCCUUGAAAGCUUUGUUCAGCAGUCCCCUGGGUGAUAUUUUGAAUCUCUUGCACUUGGUUCGCGACACGAGACAUGUGCGCGUAGUCGUGGUUACCUGUGGGAUUCGAUCUGUUUGGGAGAGGGUACUUGGAAGGGAAGGUCUUUCCUCGACAGUCAAAGUGAUUGGCGGUGGCCGUCUACGUGACGGUCUUGUUGUGACGCCCUUAGUCAAGGCUGAAUUGGUCACUUACUUGUCUACGGUUCGAAACCUCUAUGUAUUUGCAUUUGGGGACAGUCCGCUCGAUUUGGAAAUGCUCCAAGCGGCAGAUCAGGCUAUUGUCGUCACCGGGGAAGAAAUGACACGGAGCAAUAAGUCAGUCCUUGCCAGACGCCAAAGUCUCCAUGUUCUUCACGCUACUCAACGGCCGGCGGCCAAAUUGCUUAUGACACCAAUGCGCGAUGCCUCCAUCUCUGGACCUGCGUUACGAGAAGUUCAUCGGCGAGUUGGUUUUUAUUUGGCAACAGAAUUUUGUACGCAAAUCAUUGGCAUCGAAUCCAACCCAAUUCCGCAUGUUCAAGGUCAUCAGACUGACGGCUAUGGGCUCCUAAAUGAGAAGUCAACAUUGAUUGUGCCGUUGAUGCGAAGGGGCGAGCCAAUGGCCUUCGGGGUCAACGAUGCGUUUCCGCUGGCUAUGUUCUAUCAUGCCAAGAUUCCCAGUGACCUUCAAGAUGACCACCUGAAGAAUAUGGUCACAAUCAUACUGGUCGACUCAGUGGUGAAUAGUGGGAAGUCGAUAUUGCAGUUCGUGCAACAUAUCCGGACUCUCCAUUCUACCAUUAGAAUUGUAGUAGUCGCUGGCGUGAUCCACUCACAGACUGUUUCCGCAACUAGGAUUGCUCGGGCACUCGGUCGAUUUAACGGACUGUCUUUCGUCGCUCUGCGUCUUUCUGACAACCAAUUCACCGGCAGGGGGACCACCGAUACCGGUAAUAGGUUGUUCAACACAUUGCAUAUGGCUUGA